AUUUUCAACUGCACGACGAGGCAAUUUGAUCAAUUAUUACGUUCAAUAAUUAUUAAAAGUGACAGAUAAAAUUUCCAAAAUGUUUGAUUGUACGCAAAGGAUUUGUGAAGAAACAAAAAAUGACAAGCAACAAGUUGCUACUUUAUAUAUUUUAGGAACCAGUUAUCCUAUAUUUACAGGCAUCAACAAUGUUGGCAGAGAUACAAGAACGUCUGAUAUAUUUAUUGAUGAUCCGACAGUUUCACAGAGCCAUGCUGUUAUUAGAGUCUAUGAUCACAGACAUGUUAUAUUGGAUCUCCGUUCUACCAAUAAAACUAUACUUGAUUCUGAGGGUCCACUUUUACCUUAUGAUCACUAUGAUUUAAAACAUAAAUCGACUUUGAAGUUUGGCAAUGUUUCUGGGCAGUACUUCUUUGAUGAGAUGGAAUUGGAAUCACAGAAACCGCCUAUUCAAAAUUUUUCACGGCCAGCCAAUCCAUUAGAAAAAGUCUUGGAAUCGAGUACAGAUUCUCAAAUAAAUUUUGAUGCAACAGAUGAUUCUGACCGGUUAGCUAUUUCUACUUCGCCUAUUUUAGAUAGUUCUUUAUCUAACAGAAGAUUGAAAAGUAGCAGUUCUAGGUCUUUAUCACCUAAAACAGUUAUUGAACUCUCUGACUCAAAAAGAAAUACAAAUUCCAAUGAGAUCAAAUUUUCUGAUGCUUCAAUACAUGAAGCAGAAACACAGGUAUCAAAUAUUGCACCUAAAGCAACAUGCCAGAAAAAUAGUCUGUUAGAUAGUUCUGACAGGCUAAUAUUAAGUGAAACAUUACAUGAUGAUAAUACAUCUUUAAGUGAUAAAGAAAUGUUUGUGCCUGAAACACAAAAUUUUGCUGAGGACACUCCUGUUCUUUAUCAAUCUGUUGCCGAUAGUGAACUUGAUGAUACAGAUCAAAUGUCAAAGUCAAAUAAUACUUGUGAUGCUGAUUUAAAUGAAAUAAUUAAUUAUCAAGAAGACAGUAAUUCUUCUGUUUAUGAGAUUGUUUCUUCACAAUGCCUAUUAAGGUCAUUUUCUGAUCUUUCAAAGUCAGUAGAGAAAGCAGUGGAUAAUGAUAUUAUUAUUGAGGGAACUAACAAUAAAUCUGAUAACGAUAUAACAGACUGCGAAGAUUGUAUUGAAAAUUCUGAUAAUGAAGAGACUAAACCAAAGGUACCUGCUGAAAAUGAUGAACUAGAUAUUAAUAAAAGUAUUGAAUUUUUGGAUAAAGCAUCCAAAGAUAUCGAUGAGGGAUUGAACAUAUCAAAAAGUAAGGGAGAGAAUGUGAAUGGUAUAAAUAUUUCGCCAACAGUUAAUAUCAGAAUCAGUCCAAGCACUACUGUUGUGGACAUACAUCCCACGGAUGCUGAAAUUGUUACUGAAAGAAGUGAGAAAUUGAUUCAUACAGAGAAAAGCAAAGACAUGACAGAGCAGAACUUGACAGAAAUAGAUAUAUCGGAUAUUUGCACCCAAAAAGUUCCUACUUCAGUAUCUGAAAAUUUGCAAAAGAAAUUGAUUCACACAGAGAAAAGCAAAGAAAUGAUUCAUGACUUGUCAGAUGCUUGCACUCAAAAAAUUCCCACUUCGAUAUCUGAAAGUUUGCAAAAAAACAAUGCGGCUACAAGUCUUGUAAACAAUGAAGACAAAGAAGAUUGUGCUAUGAAAGAUGAAAGAUUUGUUGUAGAUAAGCAAAUAGAAGUAGACAUAUCUGAUGCAUGCACACAGAUUAUACCAAUCUCUAAUGAUAGCGGAAAUAAAUAUUCUGAUAAAAAUAAGUUUACAGAUAUUUCUGAUCAAUGCACUCAAAAACUUCCUACCCCGAUUUGUAGAGUUUCUCAACGGAAAAAAAAAUUGCCUGCAAAACUUGUUGAUCAUGAUGAAGUGUGGAAUAUGCCAACACAAAAACUUGAUAGUUCAAAAAAAUCCAGUUCCAAAUCUGAAUUGGAUUCAAAUAUCAGUGAUACAUUUAAUCAGCCUACUAAAUUAACACAUGAUAUUUCUGAUAUGCCUACACAAAUUAUUACAGCUCCUGUACCUGAAGUAAUCAACGCAAAUCAAGAUUCUACAGUUAAGAGCAAUGUCAGAAAAACUCGUAAUUCCAGGAAAAAUCAUGUUCAGAAACCAGAUGAAAACCGGUCAACAGAAGUAAACAGUAAGUCUUGUAAAGGUGGUAUUAACAAAUAUAAUAAGAGUAUUUCUUCUAAAGAUGAAAUUGAUAAAUGUGAAUCUGAGCUAAAAAUGUCUGAAGACAGUAUUUGUGACCAAACUACAAUCAUGCUUCCGCGAUCGAGUAUUAGUGCUCGGUCUUCUCCACAAAUAUGUGAAAAUAUUAAUUUGGAUACCAAUAAAAUUCUAAUAAGUGAAGCAUCAGAAUCUUUUAAUAUAACCUCAAUCAGUGAAAUAGCAAGUGAUGCAAAAUCCAAUUGCUUUAGUAAGAAACCUCAUGCAUCAUCUUACAUCAGUAGCACUCCUAUGGUUUCCAACAAAAAAUUUAACAACAAUGGAAGUGAUGAAUCCUUAAAUCUGAUUAAAAAUAAAACGUAUGACACUAUUGUUUCACAUCGUAGUAUAAGUGAUGAAAGCAUAGAAGACUCUGAGGCUGAACUUAUGGCAGAAAAUUCUAUGAAAAUUGAUGCAGAAAAAAUUCGUUCUGCGAUACAACCUCAGCAGAUUUUUGGAGAUAGUUCCGAUAAUGAGAAUAAGAGAGAGAAUGAAGAAGAAUUAUCUAUUGCUAAAAAUAAACAGCCCAAAAAACGAAAAGUAUUGAAUGAAAAAAGUGCUCGCAAUUCACAGAAAAAAAAGAAGGGUAAAAACUUGAGCAAUUUGUUUGGUGAUACGGAAGAUGAUACAGAUGAAGCAAUGGGCUCUCCUGUAAGGAAAACAAAGAAGUAUACUAGAAAUGUUAAAAAACUAGACAAAAAGAAAAUUAAAGAUUUAUCAAGCACUGAAAUACCAGACAAAAAUUCAAAAAAGGUAUCUGAAUAUCUUAAAAGUACUGAAGUGGAUGCUGAUUCUUCAUUUUAUAAGGAGCUAAGUAAUAGUAAAGCAAACUCAUCAAGGAAUAUACAGGAUGAUGCAGUGACUACAUCUACUGCAAAUACUAAAAUAGGACAUAAAAGUCAGGAACUUGUACCAAAAGUUGUAUUAAGUUCUUUGAACAAUAUAGAUUCAGAAAGUGAUAAAACUUUAUUCAUAGAUCGAGGAUCAGUGAAUCCAGUUGAGAACAAAACGUCAAAGGUAAAAACUGCUACUAAGAUCAUGGAUUCUGAAAGCCUGGAAAAUUUGGAUGCAAAGCGAAGAAAAAGUAGCAGAAAACAAGUUUCUGGCAAACUGGAAACGCAAACGUCUAGUAGCCCAGCUAUUUCUAAAAAGAAGGAUGAAGAAAUAAUUUUACUCGAAGAAAAUUUGAAAGAAGAAAAACUGUCAGGAGCAUCACAAAGGAAGAGUGCCAGACAACAAACAGUUAAUAAUUCUAGUCCAGUUAUCUCCAAAAUGAAGAAAGACGAUAUUAAUUUGGAUAGAUCAAAAUCUGAAGAUGUAAACAGCACUUCGGGUAUAAACAUAAGGAAAAGCAGCAGGAAAGUGAAAAAUAUUCAAAAUGAGUCACAGCAUUCUUCAAAAUCUAGUAUUUCAAAGAAAAGAAAUGAAUUAAAUUUGGAAGAGAAAUCAGAAAGUUCCGGAGUUUGUACAAAUACUAACCUAAGAUAUAACAAUAAAAAACAUAAAACUGAUAAAUUAGAGUCACAAACUCCUACGAGCCCAAUAAUUUCCAAAAAUAAAACAAGUGACAUUGAUUCAGUUCUGGAAUGUUCUAAAAAUGUAGAAGUUUCUACUACAAAUCAAAGAAAAAGCAGUCGAAAGCGAAUGCCCAGCAUUCAUGUAUCGGACAAUAAAUUUCUUCAAAGUAUUUCUCUCAAAGCGGAUCACUUAGAAAAUUCUAAUACUAGUUAUCAAAGGCAAACCAAAAGACAAUUGUCCCAUAGUAGAGAAUCAGAAAAUUCUGAUGUUGAAAAUGCUUGUAAAAAGAAGAAGGAAAAUGAACAUAUAGACCCAAAGCAAGUUUCAAAAUCUAAUACUUCAUCCAGUAUUUCAGAAAAGAGUGGUAGUAAUUUUAAAAUUUUAAUAACUUCAGUAAGCGAUGAUACCUUGCCUGAUCUUAUAACUAAAUUAGGAGGAAUCAUUGUUGAGAAUCAUAAUCAAUGUACCGUUUUGAUAGCUCCUCGUAUAAUUAGAACAGUUAAGUUUUUAUGUUGUCUUGCAAAAGGAAUACCCAUUGUAUCGGUAGACUGGUUGAUUCAGUCUUCGAAAGUACAUAAAUUUUUAGAUCCAUGGGAUUAUAUAACAAAAGAUAAAGCUGGUGAACAAAAAUACAAAUUUAAUUUGAAAAACGCUUUAAAACGAGCUCAAGGUAGUCCUCUAUUAAAGGACUAUACAGUUAUGGGCACAAAGAGCAUUCUCCCGCUGCCACGAGAAACAAAAGAUAUUGUUGAAAGUUGCGGGGGUACUUUCGUGACAACUAGUCCACGAAGUGGAUUUAAAAAUCCAUCUUUCAUUAUAUCCUGCGAAGAGGAUAAAAAGUUUUGGCCUAAGAAAACCGGUAGAAAAUAUAUUCCUCCUAUAGUGAAGUCAGAGGCUUUGCUCACAGGAAUUUUACAUCAGAAAUUACAUCUUUCUCAACAUUUAUUAACAGAGUAGGGUGAUAUACUUUAACAAUAUUUUGGUAACAGCAUCGAUAAUAAUGUGAUUUUUGUUAUCACCUAAAAGUUUAGAC